AUGGCGAACCGCGAGGAGAUUCGCCUGGAGGUCCAACACGAUAUAAUCUACCGGUUCUUUGGAGAGAGACUCUUCUUUCCUAGUAUUCCCAAUCCUCGCUCAAUCCUCGAAUGCGGGUAUGGAAGAGGGCAAUGGGCGGUCCAGGUGGCCGAGGACUAUGAACAGUGCGAGGUGACCGGCCUUGACAUCUAUCCGGAACCCCUUCCAGAUCAACCCGACAACCUCUGCUUAUACGGCUACAAUCUCAAUGACCGAUUUGAUGUGCCAGAUGUAUUCGAGUACAAGCCUUACGACCUGAUACAUUCUCGUUUCGUUGCUCAAGGUAUCAAGAGCACCAGAUGGCCGACCUACGUUCAAGACAUGAAGAGACUCUUGAAGCCAACUGGUUGGGUUCAGAUGACAGAGUACUAUCUCAACAUCCAGUCAAACUCCGGAAGACUGGGAAUAGACUCUGCUCUACGAAAAUGGUGGGGGAAAUAUGCCGAGGCGAUGGAAAGUUCGAGACGCGAUCCUCGUGUCGGACCGCAGCGACUGGGGCGAUUGCUUUCCGAUGCUGGCUACAAGCACAUCAACCUCAACACAUUCCAAUUACCUAUAGGCGGAUGGCGUUCAGAGCCACACAUGAUCAGGAUUGGGCGUGAUAGCGUGGAAAUGGUCAGCGAGCUGUUGGAGUCGGCAAGCCUGUGGCUGUUCACAGACCGUCUCGGUAUGUCUGCUGCGGAGGUGGAGACGCUCAAUAACGAUGCGAAGAGAGAGUUACGAGACACGACCCUGCAGCUAUACCUUCCAAUAUAUGUAGCUUGGGCUCGCAGGGGCUAA